AUGGGAAGUGAGGGCUUCGACCGUUCUUAUAUAGAUCUUCUGCCUGGGACAGACGACCUUGUCCGCGCUGUUCUCGCAGCUAAUCUGAAGACAUCUAUCGUAGUGCAGCCCGUUCGCAAUGAAGAUAACCCUGCCUUCUUGAACUAUAUUUCCCAGCGAAAUCGUGUUAUCUACGACGAGGACGUUUUUAUGGGAUAUCGCUUCUAUGAGUCUUCUAAACGGGAGGUCGCCUUUCCUUUUGGCGACGGCCUGAGCUACACUACUUUUGAACUAAGUCUAAUCUCUGUGGAUGUCGACUCUAACGGCGACAGCAGCAAGAAUCUUGUUAUGCAGGUCUGCGCCCGCCAGAAGAGUCCUAGUCUUAUCCGACCUAUUAAGGAACCCAAGUGCUUCGAUAAGGUAUUUGUACGUGCUGGCGAGACCGCCACUGCAAUCAUCAAGCUAGCGAAGCGGUAUGUGGCUAGUUUCUGGGAUGAGGGACGGGAUGCCUGGGCUAUGAAGAAAGGCAAAUAUGAGCUGCUGAUCGCCGAUUCCAACACCCAUACUCCGCUUAGUGCUACUUUCCCUUUGGGAGAAUCACGUUAG